AUGCCGUAUGCCAAUCAACCUUCUGUACAAAUAACCGAAUUGACGGACGACAAUGUCAAGUUUGUGCUGGAGGACACCGAGUUAAGUGUGGCGAACAGUUUGCGUCGCGUUUUCAUUGCCGAAACGCCGACGCUGGCCAUCGACUGGGUGCAACUGGAGGCUAAUUCCACGGUGCUCUCGGAUGAGUUCCUCGCCCAUCGCAUCGGCCUGAUUCCGCUGAUCUCUGACGAUGUUGUGGAACGUUUGCAGUACACACGCGAUUGCAUCUGCCUCGACUUUUGUCCCGAGUGCAGCGUCGAGUUUACUUUGGACGUCAAAUGCAACGAGGAGCAGACGCGCCACGUGACCACAGCGGAUCUGAAGUCUAGCAAUGCCAAGGUGCUGCCCGUCACAUCACGCAACCAGGGCGAGGAGGACAACGAGUAUGGCGAGAGCACUGAUGAGAUACUGAUCAUUAAGCUGCGCAAAGGGCAAGAGUUGAAAUUGCGCGCCUAUGCAAAGAAAGGAUUUGGCAAGGAGCACGCCAAAUGGAAUCCCACGGCAGGUGUGUGCUUCGAAUACGAUCCGGAUAAUUCGAUGCGACACACGCUGUACCCCAAACCCGAUGAGUGGCCAAAGAGCGAGCACACCGAACUGGAGGACGAUCAAUACGAAGCGCCCUACAACUGGGAGGCCAAACCCAACAAGUUCUUCUUCAAUGUGGAAUCCUCGGGUGCCCUCAAGCCCGAGAAUAUUGUGAUUAUGGGCGUGCAGGUGCUGAAAAACAAACUCUCCAAUCUGCAGACACAACUCAGCCACGAGUCGCAAAACGAUGCGCUCGCAGUUUAA